ACGAACGCGAUCAGCCUGCCUUGAGGUUGAAAUGAAUCAUCGGGAGAUGUUACAUCGCGUCAACUCGGCGGCCAGGGUCGCCAUACUGCUGCCUCUGCUCUGCUUUUGCUCUGCCACCUCUUCCUACUCUUUCCCCGACGACGCGGCCUGUGCCAGUGGCAUGGCGAUGGCGGGUCCGGGUAAUCUCCUCACGGUCGACCAAUCCGGCAAAGGCGAUUACAGGAAGAUCCACGAGGCGAUCGCCGCCGCCCCCGCGAACAGCUCCGCCCGCACUGUCAUCCUGAUCAAGCCCGGAGUCUACAGGGAGAAGAUCGUCGUCCCCGUGGACAAGCCCAACAUAACACUUUUCGGCACGAGCGCCAACACGACCGUCAUCACCUGGAACGAGCAGUGGGUGUCGAGCGACACUUCCCCUACCGUGUCCGUUCUGGCCUCCGACUUCGUUGCCAGCCGCUUAACGUUCCGGAACACGUUGGGGACCAGCGCUCCGGCCAUCGCGGUGAGAGUCAUGGGAGACAGGGCGGCGUUCUACGGCUGCAGCUUCUCGUCGUUCCAAGACACGCUCCUCGACGACAACGGGCGCCAUUACUACUGCGGGUGCUACAUCGAAGGUGGCACCGAUUUCAUCUGCGGGAACGGCCGGGCUCUCUUUGAAAAAUGUCACCUGCACUCCACCUCGCCCAACGGCGGCGCCUUCACGGCGCAGAAGCGGGCGUCCGAGUCGAACCACACGGGAUACAGCUUCGUCGGGUGCAAGCUGACCGGCGUCGGGGUCAGCACCUCCAUCCUGGGGCGUCCAUGGGAGCCCUACUCCCGCGUCGUGUUCGCUCUCACCUACAUGUCCGCAGCGGUGAGCCCUCGAGGAUGGGAUGACUGGAACCGCACCGCCAACCAGAGGACGGCGUUCUACGGGCAGUACCAAUGCUACGGCCAAGGGGCGAAAACUGAUGGCAGGGUUAAGUGGGCUCGCAACCUCUCACCAACCGAAGCAGCCCCCUUCAUGACGAAGGCCUGGAUCGAUGGACAGCAGUGGCUUCCGAAGCAGCCCCCUUCAUGACCAAGCCUUGGAUCGGUGGACAGCAGUGGCUUCGGUAGAAAACAGUCGGUGGUGUGGGUUAUCAUAUAUACUUGACACAUAUCAGUGUUAUUAUUGUUUUCAUUUCAAGGAUACAAGUUAACGGAAAA